CAGCACAAAUCACAGCGAUAAAGGAGAGCCAUGGAGGCGACGGCAGUAAGCGUGGGCAAGUCCGUGCUUAAUGGUGCGCUGGGCUACGCCGGGUCCAAGGCGGCUGAGGAGAUUGCGCUGCAGUUCGGCGUCCAGGGCGACGUGGACUUCAUCACGGACGAGCUGCAGAUGAUGCAGUCGUUCCUGGAGAUGGCUGAUGAGGACAAUGGUCACAACAAGGUGUUCAUGGCCUGGGUGAAGCAGAUCCGCGACCUGGCCUACAAAGUGGAGGACAGCCUCAUGGAUUUUGGCCUCCACUCGGAGAAGAAACCGUUCUGGGGGUGCAUCCCCCGCAGCUUAUCUGACAGACGCCGAAUUGCCAAAGAGGUGAAGGAGUUGAGAGCCAAGGUGGAGGACGUGAGCAACAGGAACCUGCGCUACCGCCUCGUCAAGGACCACAAUGAUAGCGCUGGCUCCAAGCAUACUGCGGCCGAGAAUCAGGCCGCCAUUGCUAGUGCAGCAAUGUUUUCCAUCAACGAAGAAACACUUGCCACCCCGAAGCAGGAUAAAUCAGACGUGGAUCUCCACUCGCUGGUCACUAGCGACGAAGAGGAUCUUAGGGUGAUCGCCAUGUGGGGAACAAACGGUGAUCAUGGGAAGACGUCCGCCAUCCAACAGGUUUAUACAAAGGUACAAAAGAAGUUUGGAUUUUGUGCUUGGGUUAGGUUGAUGCAUCCUUUCAAUCCACAAGAGUUCCUCUGGAGCUUGGUGAGGCAAUUCUAUGAAAAAUCACAUGAUCAGGUUGGAAAGCAAGAAAGCAGAACAAGUGUCGGGGCUAAUAUAUCUGCAAUCAUGGAGAAGAUGAAUCAAAGUGACUUAACCCGUGUGUUCAAUGAACAAAUGUGUAGCAAUAGGUACCUGAUUGUGAUAAAUGACCUAUCCACAAUAGAAGAAUGGCAUUGCAUUCAAAUGUACUUUCCCAACAACAAGAAACAAAGUAGAAUCAUUGUUUCGACGCAGAAUGUUGAAAUUGCAAGCUUGUGCAGCGAGCAACCGUACCAGGUGUCGGAGCUCAGGCAGUUGUCAUCUGAUCAAACAAUUUAUCUUUUCCACAAGAAGAAUACGGAAGAGAACAUCAUGACAAGUUCUAGUAUGGUGAUGUUUGCUACCAAGGAAGCAAGCCUUACCGACAAUGAAGCGAAACUGAAGGCUGUGCAUGCAUCAACGCCCACAGGCGAAAUACAUCAGGAAGAUGAAGGACACAAGACUGCAGGUGAAGACAAAGUAUUUAAACCAAUUUCUACAAAGAAAUUCGAUCGUAGCAGGACACUGGCACUGUUUGACGGAGUGCUCACUGGACGAGAAACGGAGAAGUCUAUUGUUACAAAAUUAGUUGGUCAACCGGACAUCAACCAAAGCUGUAAGGUAAUCUCAGUUUGGGGAAUGGGCGGUCUGGGAAAAACCACUCUUGUCCGAAGCGUGUACCGAAGCCAAGAGCUUGCUGCCUGGAAGCAUGCAUGGGUCACUGCACUGCGUCCUUUUAACCCUGAAAUACUCCUUAGAUAUUUGGCUUUGCAGCUUGAGGAAAGUAUUCUAGAAGAUACUCCUGGAGCAACAUCAAAUAGAAUGCCAAAGAAGAACACCAUUGUGGCUGGGCAGCAGAAAAAGAAGAGCAUAGCACUGAUGAAUAGUAAAGAGUUGAAGGUGGAGUUAGACCGGCUACUGAAAACACAAAACUGUCUUGUCGUUCUUGAUGAUAUAUCAUCCACUUCUGAAUGGGAUUUGGUCAAAGGUUGUUUGAAUAAUGCUGGAAUGAUCAUAAUCACCACAAGAGAAAAAAAUAUUGCCCAACAUUGUUCAAGAGAUUACAGGAACAUGUUCAGUCUCGAAGGUCUUACAGAUAAUGAUGCACUUGACCUCUUCACAAAGAAGGUAUUGAAAGACAACACUGAACAAAUUUAUUUUGUCCCUGCAAUGAUGGAGCAAGCAAAGAUUAUCCUAAAGAAGUGUGGUGGACUGCCCCUUGCAAUAUCAACCAUAGGUGGAUUUCUAGCAACUAAGCCAAAAACUGCUAUUGAAUGGAGAACGAUGAAUGAUCGUAUCAGUGCUGAACUAGAGAUCAAUCCUGAACUUAGGACAAUAAAGACAGUUCUUAUGAGGAGCUACGAUGGCUUGCCAUAUUAUCUCAAGUCUGUUUUCCUGUACCUAUCAAUAUUUCAAGAAGAUCAAGUAAUUAGUUUGGAUCGUCUGGUGAGGAGGUGGAUUGCAGAGGGAUACUCACGAGAUAUUCAUGGCAUUACUGCCGAGCAACUCGGUCGUAGGUACUUUGAAGAGCUUUUGGAUAGGAGUAUGAUCCUGCCACGGGAAGAUGUAAAUGAUUACAAUGGAAAAAUUAAUUCUUGCCAACUUCAUGAUAUCAUCCGGGAAAUAUGCAUCUCAAAGGCAAGAGAGGAAAACCUUGUCUUCAAACUGGAGGAUGGGUGUUGUUUGAGUAGCACACAAGGUCCAAUACGCCAUCUUGUCAUAGGCAGCAACUGGAAAAGGGAUGGAGAUGCAUUGCCAGGUGUGCUGGACUUGUCUCACCUACGGUCAUUGACCGUGUUUGGAGACUGGAGACCAUUUUUCAUCUCCGAGAACAUGAGGUUCCUCCGAGUGCUCGAUUUGGAAGACACAAUAGGGUUGAGAGAUCACCAUCUUGACCGUGUCGGACAACUCCAUCACCUCAAGUACCUUUCUCUUCGAGGAUGUUGGAAUAUUUACUGUUUGCCUAAUUCUGUGGGGAAUUUGCGGCACCUGCAAACACUUGAUGUUAGAGGUACACAAAUAUUUGAGUUGCCAAGAACAAUCACCAAUCUUGGGAUGCUACGGAACCUUCGUGUAUCGAUAGGACACACUAAUGUCAAGGGAGAGCAGGACAUAGAAGUUUCGUAUGAUGAGUACGUUCAUGAUAUUGUCCCCUCCUUGGUUGACUCAUGUUGCCUUUGGAUGACUACGGUUCCUGUUUUAUUGAGACCACAAAUUGUAGCUGGCGGUUUGAACAGGCGCGAUGUACUCAAUCUGUUUCGCUAUGAGCUUUAUGACAACAAGCUGUGUGGUGCUAAAGUUCCUAGAGGAAUUGGUCAGCUGAAGGCCCUGCACAAACUAGAUGGUGCCUAUGUUGAGGGGAAUGCCACCGUAAAAGAGUUUAGAGAGCUUAAUGAAUUGCGUAAGCUUGGAGUGGUUGGUAUCAACAGCAAAAACAGCAUGGAGUUCUGGUCUGCCAUUGCUGGUCACUACCAUCUUCGAUCUCUUUCAGUGAGAAGACAUUCAUGGUACAAUGAGUUAGAUGGUUGUCUGGGUGAGGGUUUGUUGCCACCAAGCUGGCUUGAGAGCCUCAAGCUGUACGGCAAGCUAGUCAGGGUAAUGGAUUGGAUCCAUCAGCUUCGGAAUCUCUGCAAGUUGGUGCUUAAGAAUAGCAGUUUGAAGCAAGAUGAUGCCAUACGAGCCCUUGGGAUGCUACCAAAUCUUGCAGUUCUACGCCUGAAGGAGGAUUCAUUCUUGGGGGAACAGCUCCAUUUCCAAAACUCGGCUUUCCCGAGUCUCGUGGUGUUGGAGCUUUUUUCCUUGGACCUUGAAUCGGUGCUGUUUGAAGAAGACGCAAUGCCUAGGCUCGAGCUGCUACAAGUUGGUUUUUGCCACGAGCUGAAGAAAAUCUCCGGGCUAUCAGUUCUCACAAGCCUCAAGGAAAUUAGGCUGGGUUAUUAUACGGAAUCAUUGAAGCCAGAGAUCCUGAGGCAGCUAGGGGAGCGUCAGAAGCACGUCAUGGUGAAAGAUGUAUGA